GUUUUCUUUUGCAUUUCAGGGAGUUGACCCACGGCACAGGCUAGGGGAACAAAAACUGUGAUCAUGUGUAAGUGACGGGCUUUGAUUUCGGGUUUGCGAUUCCUUGGUUUCGUUUAAGCCCUUUGUGUUCGUUUGGAAAAAAAAGAACAUGGCGAUUGUGGAAAUGAAACCACCGCAGGUUGUACUUUUAGCUUGCGGAUCUUUCAACCCACCUACUAUCAUGCAUUUGAGGAUGUUCGUGUAUUAUAUAUUUAAACAUUUUUUGGUAGAAUUGGCAAGAGAUUAUUUGCACCGGGUGGGAAAGCACACGGUCAUCGGGGGAAUGCUUUCGCCGGUCCAUGAUGAUUAUGGGAAAAAGGAUUUGGUAAACGCGGAUCAUAGAAGACAAAUGCUGAAACGUGCCCUGGAAACCUCGACGUGGCUUCACCUCAGUUCUUGGGAAAGUACGCAGAAUUCUUGGCAGCGAACGCGUCAAGUGCUUAACUAUCAUCAGUUUGAGGUGGACAAAACGUUAGAGGAGAGUAAGCUGCAUCAGAAACAAGGCUCUCGGUUAAAAUCUCCGUUUUCGUGGUUGCUGAAAACUGCUGCAUUGGCUGCCAAUGGCAACGGUUUUGAGCCGGUGAAGGUGAAGCUUCUUUGCGGUGCUGACCUGUUGGAGUCGUUUCAUAUUCCUGGUCUUUGGUCAGACGAGGAUGUUAAGGAAAUUGUUGGAGGUUUCGGCCUGGUUGUGAUAACUAGACAUGGGUCAGAUGCUGCUCAAGCUAUCUACAAAUCAGACUUGCUCACCAAAUACGAGGGAAACAUCGAUAUAGUGACGGAAUGGAUAACAGGCGAUAUUAGUUCGACGAAGAUUCGCCGUUGCAUUCGCAGAGGGGAGAGCGUCAAGUACCUUGUUCCGGACUCGGUGAUCGAAUACAUUCACUCCAAUGCCUUGUUUUCACCUAGUAUCCCAUCAUCUGCUCGACCCAUCUCCGAUGGAGAGACGAGUCAUAUCGUAGCGGACGAAUCUGGUGGCGGAGCGAGCUGUGCGAAGAAGCCGAGGACGGCGGGGUCGUCCCGCUCGUCCGCCGGACGCGUCCAGCCGCGCGGCACCACCGCGGGUCGGAGACGGAAGAGCCGCCGCGGCGGCGGCGGACGUCGCCGCGCAGCCACGUGAAGCAGGCUCAGGCCGCCGCCACCCUCAUUGACUCCCUCGUCCCGCAACUGCCUCCCGAUUCGGCCAUUAUAACUGAAUUCAUUAUGCAAUUAUGAGGUGCUGCCAAAAUUUGUGGACUUGAACAGUUGCUCCUGCCACUCAUGUACUGCUUUUUGGGGGAAAGUUGGAGGUUUUUUUUUCUUUGCGUUGGGGAAAAAAUCUGGGGUUGUUGAAAUCUUCGUCGGACGAGUUUUCAGAAUGUUGAACUUUGAACAAGUACGGUUACUAUUUUCAAUGCCCGUUUCUCAGUAGAAGUUGAAAACUCUUUCAUGUAAACCACUUUGCUAUUGAUUAUGCAUGAGCAACUGAAGUUACAAAUUUGAGAUAGUGCAAAAAUUGACUAGGGAUGUGAAAAUGGCCGAAUGGUACUUCAGUUUUAAUUUACCCUGAAAGACGUCCAUGUAUUUCGGAUAAGAGAAGUUCGCGCAUUCGUUUGAGGACGGAAUAAAUUAUUCAGAAAGUACAAAUACCUAGAGAAAAAUAAAAUGAAAAAUUCAUGAAAUGAACUGGACCAAAAUGACAUCUAAUUAAAUUACUUCAAGGAAAAAAUUUAUUUUUGUUCAUAGAAUGAGCAAGUUUGUCAGGUUGGUUAUCGCAUACAUUUUUACUAGUCAUACUAUUAACCGCAAUCAAGAAUGAAUAUUUUUGAUGUGUCCAUCAAUUACGGAAAGAAACAAUGUCAUUCACAAGGGGAAGUAAAUAGCUUUAAAUUUCAGAUUUAUACCAGUGAAUUGAGUUUUGUUUCUGAACUGAAGAUUAUCUCUCCUCUUCAAGAUUCUGUGAUCAAGAUUUGGCUGCAUUAAAACUGCACCAGUAGGUGAACUUGCGAGAAAUGCAAAAAUUCAGAAUUUCUGCCUCCAUAACAAUUCCAAUAUGUCAUGUUUCCAGUGCAACCUUUUUGCGAGGAAAUAAGUGUUCUCGUUUGAUUGAAUAUUGGUCCUGCUUUUGUGAUUUGCGCAUUGAAACAUGAUUGACUGUUGAGAAGAUCAAUAAUGCUAUAAGAUCAAUUUUAGUGAGCACUACAGAUUUAAUGUUUGUAAUUUUGGAUUUUAUCAAUAAUUAGUUUUUAAUAUUUCUGCUGUUAUUUAACUUUAACAAUUCGUCAUUUGAUAAUUUGUGAGAAAAUUCCUUGCUUGUUUAUUUAAUGUGGGCCGGAACCAAUGAGACCUUCACGAUAGUUGAUUUCAUUUGCAGAAAGAUGUGAUUUGAUUACACUGAAAUGAAUUAUCUACUUUGAUGUACAAGUCCAUUCACUGAGGAGGCGUUUCUUUGCUUGUACUUCAUUUAGGUCUAAAAACUUUUGCAAGAUUAAGAAACUUCUGUUGUACAGAUCAAAAUACAGAUUUUAAGUGCUUUUGUCUUUUAAAAAAGUAAUGAUCAGUUUCAGUUAAUACGUCCAACUAUUUGAUGUAUAAAGCUUUUAAAUUUUAACUGUUAUGGAUUGAAGAACGCAACUCCCGGGGAAUGCAUAGCGAUCUUCUUAAACGCUAUCAUUAACUAGCCCAUUUAUAUUAUAUUUCGGCCUGUUUCUACAAAUUUAAUCUACAUUUCAAUCUUGUCAAGAUCCAACAGUUUAGUCAUGAAAGAAAGAAACAACUGUCUUCACUACAAGACACCGACUUUGUCUGAAGAUAAUUAAUUUUUUUUAAGGAAUCAGUGGUAUGAGCAAUUGCUGCAAUGAUUGGCAGUUUGCGACUCCUGGUCUAACCAGAAAUCUUGUACGAUCGAGCCAAAGGUCAAAUCGUGAUGUCCUUCGUUUCUUCUUGAUGAAGAACAAUGAUUUUUUCUGGCAUUCAGAAUUAUCACUGCCACUGAGUGAUUUGUACGCACAAAGCAAAAUGAAGAGCCGAACGCAAUAUUCAGGCUGAUUCGCUGACAUUGUAAGAGAAAAUACUGCGCCUUGUGUCACGGAAGUUCAGUAAAAUCAGCAGAGGAAUCUGAGCCAUGAUGAGAAUGUUUUUCAUCAAAUGCCGCGACGAAAAAAAAAAUUAAAGGGGAGCUUGGACGUUGUUUUCGGAACAAACGUAUCUUUGUUUGUUUGCAAGGCCUGAGAGUUGUGAAGGGUGGCAAUGGACGAAAGGAAACGUCGUUGUGUUCAGAAUUUGUUCAUUGAUGAUGAUGAUUAUGCAUUGUUGAAGCCGCGGGGAGGAAUAAAACGGGCUGGGAGUUCGAAAUUCA